UUGGCCGUAGAUGUCGCUCUGGAGGCGAAGUGACGCCUUGCGGAGCUGCCAGUCGCGACUCGCGAGCAGAGGACGCAGCUGUCACGCGCUGCACCAACAGUCCAUCGAGGCCAAUCGGUUCGAAUGAGGAUUUGGUCGUAAAAUGGGAAUUAAUUUAAAAUUCUAAACAAAUAAGCUAGCCAUUCGCGAAAUUUAAGUCGUAGCCUGGCGCGUAUCGUGCUCCUCGUGUUUGGGCUCGGCGUGUUACCGGGGAGACUGUAGUUGAGCAAAAAGCCACACUCUGGAGAAGUGUGGUGGAUGUCUUAAGCGCACCGUUAAGGAAUCGAAAAGCACUUGGACAUUGUUUUACAACUACGAACUGAAGCGGCCAUCGUCAUAAGAGCCAAUCCAAACAUGGUCACUACCAAGGAAACUGUUCUGAAUCCUAAUGCCAAAGUGUGGCAGGAGAUUCCUGCCCACCAGAAUGACAUGUCGGAGGGGACAGAUAAUUCCUCUUGGUUGCAGACCUAUCCUCACAAUCCUGACAUGACUCAAGAGUACCCUGAUGUUCUCUCUCCUGUGGGAAAAGGAUGCGACUCGGACUAUGCCGACAACACUGACUACGGCUGUGUGCCGACAGAGGACAGUGUGAAUGAUACCGACACAUUUGAUGCAGGGUAUUUCGCUAUUAACCCACAAAGUGAGGCAACUUUUGAUAUCAACCAAGUACAACCUAUGUCGGAGAGUUUAAGAGAGUCUUUAAAGAAAAAGCUGGAGUUCUGCUUUUCAAGAGAGAACCUAUCAAUUGACCACUACCUGAUAUCUGAGAUGGACAGUGAUCAAUUUAUUCCAAUUUGGACCGUAGCAUGCAUGGAGGAAAUCAAAGCCCUCACCAAUGACAUGAAUCUCAUUGUGGAUGUACUGAGAGAAUCGCCAUUGGUUCAAGUUGAUGAGGCUGGAGAGAAGGUUCGUCCAAAUCACAGUCGCUCCAUUAUUAUUCUGCGAGAGGUGCCAGAGACAACACCAGUAGAGGAGGUGGAGAAUCUUUUUAAAAGUGAACAGUGCCCAAAGGUGUUAAGUGCUGAAUUUGCACACAACAGCAACUGGUACAUAAUGUUUCAGUCUGAUAUGGAUGCACUUAAGGCUUACAGAUAUCUGCGCGAAGAAGUGAAAGUGUUUCAGGGGAAGCCAAUCAUGGCUCGUAUCAAGGCAAUCAACACAUUUUUCAGUAAGCCGGGCUUCAGUAGUAUUGACCCGAGUGUGUACAACCAGCAGGCCCAGCCCCACGUUGCAUAUGGCUCCCCUUUAUACAUGCCGCAGGUGUACAGUGCUCAGCAGCAAUACCCAGUCUAUCCGGCCCUGGCCCAGCCCUGGAAUGCUACAACAAUGCCUUACUUUGAAACGCCUCUGGCACCAUUCCCAAACAACGGAUUCAUGACCGCUUACAACAGUGUGGGGAACUAUAAACCAAAUUCAAUUCCCUUGUGCAGGAACCGGAAUCAUUUAAAGGGACAAUUGAGGCCUGGUGACCCACUCACAUCUCCAUUAAUGGCUCCUCCAGCUCUGAUGGAUGGCUUGUUGAGACCAUUGACCUCACAGCCUCUUCAGAACCCUGGGACCUUGGUUGAAAAUACUUCAGCUAGGAUACCUUCCCUAGCCCCCAAAAACACUUUACCAAAAGAUACCAUACACAAUGGGGAUUUGUGCGGAGAUGGACGAGCUAGGAGAAGUAACUACAGAGGCAUGAGGAGAAAAAGAGAUGAUGAACAUGCUAUGUUGCCUAAAUUAAUAUCGCAGAAGCCAAAUCCUGUGACAGAAGUCGAGGCACCACCUCCACCAAAUUUUGACCUGGCAGCUUCCAAUUUCCCUCCACUGCCAGGAUGUGUCUUUAGUGUAAUGGAAGAGAAGACACCAGAAAUGCGUUUGUCUGAUGUUGUACGUGGUCUAAAAUUGACCACUCAGGUUGAAUGCAAUAAGAUAAAUGAAAAUAAAACUUCAAACAUCUCAGAACCUCCAGCUCCAAGUCCUGUUAGCCAAGAUGUCACACCUUGUCCAGUGGCAUCACAAACAGCCGAGCCUAUUACAAGCAUUUCUUCAACAGUCGAGGAGGAGGUGGGUGAGGCUAGCACUACUAUUCCAAAGGAAGAAGAGUCAUCGGCCAUUAAGUCUGUCACUCCAACUGAACGCGUUCCUUCCACUGAGAUGGUCUCUGAAGUUGCAACUCCCCUGUUUCACACCUCAGAACAGGAGCCCAAAAAGCUGAGCUACGCAGAGGUCUGCCAGCGGUUUGCUAAGGAUGGACCACCAGCACAGACACCUUCUCCGGUUCCCCCUGCCGCUGCUGUCGUUCAGCCCCUUCAAGAGCUCAAGGUAAACCGAGGAGAGGAGCCCCGUCCCAAUAACAGGCCCGCCGCAGAUAAAUCGGACAAACGUGGAGAUGGCUGCCCUUCUCGUCAAACCACGCGCACAUUUUACGGCUUUAAUCGAUAUGCUCGAAAUGGAGGUGCGGGGAUGAAGAUAUGGGAGCAUCCCAGAAACACGGGGGGAAACGCAGGCAAACCCUUCUCCCCUCAGCGUGGAAUCAGGAGGAGUGGCAAGGAACAGAACAUACCCCCAAGGUCAUCAAAAUUAAGUGAACAAUCUUGAAACCAUGAUGAACUGAGACAUUAAUUUUUAUUAUAAGAAUAUUACUAAAAGAUAGACUGUAAAUAGGAAUAUUUUAGUUUUAAGAUGCUUCUGACAGAAGUCUUGUGUUGGCUUGUGUAAAUUUUUCUUAAACGAUGCCCUUCUCAUUUUCUGAAUUAUUACUUUUUUUUUUUUAAUGAGCUUUAUUCAUUUGUGUAGUUUGUGUGGCCGGUCAAGCCAUUGCAGUGACAAAAAAAAAAAAAAAAAGAUAGCAUCUCAACAUGAAAAAAAGGAAAAAAGUCCACCAUUAUUGACGGGUAGCACAUAGUCUAUAGCAGCAACAUGAAGUGCAUCUGAACUAGAAAUGUUAAAAGGAAAAUUGAGAGAGCCUCUUUUGAGCAACAGAAUUUAGAAGUUGUAAUUUUUUUUUCCUGGCAGUCAUGCUGCUUUAACUUGUCAGGUGGAGGCAUUGGUGAAUUGCAAAGUCUUUCAGCCUUUGUGAGUUUGUCUUUCACUACUAGUGGGUUUCCAGUUAUGGAGUAAAAUAGUCGCCAACCUCUGAAAUAAGGUUCAAUGAACUGUAAAUGCUUAUGGACUCCAGAGUAUUUUGCUUAAUAUGUUGCUUCUAUAGUUUUGUCCACUGGGAUAUCUCACAAUGCUCGGUUGCAGUUUUGAUGGCAGCUUCGUAAUGUUCAAAUACAAUACCAGUGGCAUUCUCUGAAUAUGUUCAUGAUGAUUAGCAUGCUAUCACAUAUUUUCCUUCAGUGAUUUAUGCGACACUAUUUUCGUGGUCAACGAGUUAAAAUGACUUUUCACGAUUAUGUUGAAAGUGCUGAAUAGCUUUGACUUAUGUUUGUAGGGUUUUGCCACAUUGCACCCAUUUUUUUUGUGUGUGACAAGUUUAAGGCAAUACUGUUGAAAAUGACAUUUCCUGUUUGUAAUAAAAAUGAAGGUCUAAUUUUACUUUGUCAACAUUUAUAGACCCUAAUCACAAACUGCUUCAUGGGUCGAGCUACCUGUUUUGCUCAACAGAAGACCAGUUAUGUACCUUUUUUUUAAUAGACUUUGUUUUGAACAUAAUGUGACCCGAUACUUGGACUAACAUGAAACAUGUAUUAAGAAUGAAAUUUAUGUUGAUAAAACAUGUCAUGUAAAAGUAAUCAACCUGUCAGGUGUGGCUGUACAUGUUAAUGCUCUUUGAUUUCUUUUGACUCUUGAAUGAAUGUUUUUAAUGUUAUACCACUUUUCUGUUUGAUUUUAUGUGGUAGUUUUUUUUAAAGUAAUUACUACUGUAAUAGAUGUCUGUUGUGAUAUUUCAGUGUUUAACUUUAGGUUAUGUUGAAUAUUUGGAAAUAGCCAUAGGUGUUAGCAGAGAAAUAUUUUACUGUACUUAAUGAAAUGGAUUUUUUGUCUAAAUGCAAAAGUGUUUUUUUUUUUCUUUUUUUCCCCACUAUAUAUUCAAGUGGGCUUGUUAACAAUCCAAGGUCUGGAGUUCAAACUUUUCAAAAAUUGUAAAUCAUUUAGCGUUCAGAUGAUAAAACUCAUCCCACUGUG